AAUGUUUACCGAGUAACCAUAUUAUGAGGCUAAGGUGUUCCUUAAAUCAUACAAUGAUGCUAUCUCUUGUUUAAGGUAUCUCUAAAUUAAUGUAAUUUAAUUAGGGAAGCUGCAGAAUACAGAGCCCAUAUUGAAUUCUAGGAACAUGCUCUUUAAUCCCUUGCCACUGCUCGUACAAGAUAAGAAGUAAUAAGAAUACAUAAAAUAGCUUGAUGUGAGAGAUGGUCAAGUUGUGCCUGGACUUAAUUUUGCUUAAUCUAAAUAGACAAAGCUCUUCCAAUUCUCUAAGUAUUAAAUAAUCCAAUAAUUAUAGUCAUGUGUUUUCCAAAUACUUAAAGGGAUUUGAAGAAUACGCAGGCAAUUUUAAGGGCUUCCAAUAGAUUCUGAACGAAGGUCUUAAGAAGAUGAAGUCAGAUGUCAAAUGAG